GGUACCAGGCAGCUGCGAUUUUCUUUAAGCUCGUCCGUCGCCAUUCUCACGACUGGUUCGAGCAUUUUUUUGGAUCAGCAGCUGAAGAACAGAGAAAUCGAGUGAAGAGCGAGAAGCCGCCGGAGGAGAAGAGAAAUGAACACCGACAUCACAGCGUCGACGAAGCCGGAGUACCCGGUGGUAGAUCGGAAUCCGGCGUUUAGCAAGGUCGUUGGCAACUUUAACACUUUGGAUUACCUCCGUUUCACCACCAUCACCGGCAUCUCCGUCACCGUGGGCUACCUCUCAGGGAUUAAGCCGGGUUUGAAGGGGCCGUCAAUGGUGACUGGGGGAUUGAUUGGGUUGAUGGGAGGGUUCAUGUACGCCUACCAGAACUCGGCGGGGCGAAUGAUGGGGUUCUUUCCUAACGAGGGUGAGGUUGCUCGUUAUCAGAAGAUUGGUUUCAAGAACUGAAGAGGGUGGGGGAAAUUUUACAAAUGCAAAUGAAUUUGCUUUUCUGUUCCAUCUUCUUUUUUUUAGUUUGUUUCAUGGUGGAAAUGGUUAGGAUAAUGAUGCUUGUGAAUCAAUUAAUAAUCUUCAAAUUCUGGGAUUCCUGCAAUGUGAAAAAUUUCCUCACUUUACUCUGUUAUUGCUUGGAUUGCAAAUGGCCAUUUGUGCUUGUCUUGGCAGCUACUGAAAUGGAAUAUGUCAGUAUGGCUUCCUUCAUUGGUUUCUUUGCAUUUUGUUAGCUUUGGUCAGUUUGAACAAGAAUUCUGAACUCUUCAUUGAUACCUGCAAGUGGCAGCUUGGAAUGUGCUUGAGAGUGUGUCAUUUCGUGCAUUUCAUACAUUUUGUACAAGCAUUCUCGUAAAUGGUUGCGUAAUUGCUCUUCAUUUGGCUACAACUUCUGUAUGUUGAAUUAAGGUGCUGUGUUAUUUUAGAGUUAUUCAUGGAUCGUGAUGCACCUCGGUUGCAUUGUGCUUGUAUAAGCAUUGGUGAUAGUCUUCGGCUGCUAUAGUUGAAGAAAGGCAAUGCAGAACGUUUCGGUGCAUUUCUUGAUAGUCAUUGUCCUUCUGUUAUUCUUAGUUGCUAGUGGAAACAGGAUGGCAGUGGUUUCGGUUAGGGAAUUAGUAGAAACUGGACAAGAGGCUUUCACAAAUUCCAGCAGCUUUUGCUCUAACGACUUAGCUUAUGAGGGCAGGUUUGAAUUCUGAUGUGAUCAUAUUUAAGCUGUCCUGAAACCCCCUUUUGAUGCUUUAUGGUAUCGAAUUAUCGAUUGAGAACAUCCCUUGUCUUGUGCUUCGGUAGGGUUUACCAUUUUUCCUAUCAAAGAGUUAAAAACUUCCUUGUGUGUUAUGGUCAAAUGGACUGCAAUUCUCCAUUUCUUUCGCUUUUGCUGUCUUCCUUCUGUUGUAGCAGACAUGGAAGGUUGAGCUGAUGAGUUCAUUAUCACAAGACCUUCCAUCCUUUCCAUCUCUUUCUCUCCCCGUUGUUAAUGCUACCUAGAUUGUGUUUUUUUCAAGUUGGAGCUAUGCCUGGCUCUCUAGUUUAUGACCAACUUUUGGAGAGUUGGGAAUGGCCCUUAGGCUUUUUAACCAAUGGGAAAGCGAUGCGUUCUCUAAUAUUUGAGUGUUUAGUCAGCUUUUCCUUGUGCUGAAAUGGUGAUAUACUUGUUUUAAAUUGUAUCAAUGGCUGGUCAUCCCAAUUACUUGGAGCGUAAGUGGCUACCUUUGUCUUUAAAGGCUUGAUAAAAGCUUGAGAUAAUUUUAAUAUAAGCUAAUAAACUCG